AUGGGGGCCGCCUCCGCUCCCGCCUCUCAACCCCCCUGCUCCAACCACCCCCCUCCCCUCCCCCCCCCCCCCCCUUUUUUUUCAGGACCUAUCGGUGUGUGCGUGUGUGUGUCGCUACCUCCGCACCGCAUCAUCCGAGAGGACCCUCUGGCGCCGCGCCUACUGCAUCCGGUGGGGUCCCCCUCCCCCUCUGCUCCUCACUCCCCCCUCUCUCCCCGCACCCCCCUUGUUCUCCCCACCAGGACCUAUCGGACCUGUCAGUGUGUGCGUGUGUGUGUCGCUACCUCCGAUCCGCAUCAUGCAGGAGACUCUUUGGCGCCGCGCCUACUGCAUCCGAUGGGGGCCGCCUUCCCCUCCUCCCACUUAUCCCCACUCCCCUCCCUUACCCCCUGCGCACCCGCAUGCCCCCCUCUCCCCCAACACCCCCCCCACCAGGACCUCUCGGUGUGUGCGUGUGUGUGUCGCUACCUCCGCACCGCAUCCUCUGAAGAAAACCUCUGGCGCCGAGCAUACUGCAUCCGAUGGGGGCCGCCUCCCCCCCCUCCACCCUCCUCCACCCGCUCUGUUUUGGACGGACGAGGCGGGUCGGGCGGGAUGGGGGGAGGGGGAGGAGGAGGGGAAGGAAGUGGAGGAGGUGGGGGAGGAGCAGGAGGAGGAGGGGCAGCAGGAGCACAAGCACGUAGCCAUUGGAAACGUCUGUAUUUUGAGAGGGACCGGGGCGAAAUGAAGGAGUUUGUAGCGGACUCCCCUCAGGACCUGCGGGGAUUCUAUGCCCAGCUGCAAGCUGCCAAGCGCAACCUGGUGCCGCGGAGGGACCAGGUGUACGAUGAGCUGGUCCACGUCACGUCUGACCUGGCACGAGCUGUCGCGGAGUGGCGCCAGCAGAACAAGCUACCAGAGAGGGUGGAGGAAGCGCAUCGGUGCACUGGGGGCAACUGCACGUUUCACCGCAUUGAGAAUGUUUUCCUGUGCGAGAAGACAGGCAGGGCGCAUGGUGAGUGUUGGAGAAACGAGUCUAGAAGACAGGCCAGGCGCAUGGUGUGUGUGUGGGUGGAGCUCAUGGGAGAAGGAGAGGAGUGCAGGCGGCAGGUGGACGAGCUUCAGCAUGCACUUGUGUGUGAUGACAACUGCGCUGAGCUGCCAGAGGACGCAGAGGGUCAGAUGCUCGUGUGUGCUAUUGGCCAACAUCUGCCUGUGUCCCCCUGCCUACCCCUCCUGCCGACCUCCAUCCCUAUCUUUCCCCCCACUCUCCCAGUGUGUGACGACAACUGUGCAGAGCUGCUAGAGGACGCAGAGAGCCCGACGCUCGUGUUGUGUGACGACAACUGUGCGGAGCUCCUAGAGGACGCAGAGAGCCAGAUGCUCGUGUGUGCCAUCAGCGGGCGGUGUGUGGACCGCAUGUUGAGCCCUCAAGAGGAGUUCGACCACCAGAGGGUGAGUGUGGAAAAGGUUGCCUGUCCGUGGGGCAUGUGUGUGUGUUGCACGUGUGUGUGGGCGGGACGGUGUGUGGAUCCCAUGCUCAGUCCCCUAGAGGAGUUGAAACACCAGAGGGCUGCAGAAGAGGCAGCGUCCACAUGCCAGCCAGAGGAGCUACAGGAGCCCUUUAUGGGAGCGGGGAGGUUUGGUGAGUAA